AUGAGUACCAACCCAUUUUCCUUGGAUGAAGUUCUCGCAGUUGCGAAGAUCCAUCCGCUUUACAACCCUAAUAUACUUUACCCACCCAGCCCUGAGGAAAUCCAGGCUACUGUGCAGGCACAAUCUAGUACGGACUCUGGUAUCAGCACCCUCGAGUCAUGGCCCCUAACUACCAAAAAGGACCUCUACAAAGUUAUCGAGCGAUUAACCAAGGACACGAGCCCCCAAAAUGAAUACCGGCGUAGCUCCUACGUCAGCGUUACCGGCGGCGGUUCCGGAGAUAUGCCCUUGAUGUUUUUCACAGAUCUGAAAGAAAACCGUCAACAUCACGCAGCGUUUGGCGAGUUUCUGCGCACCUGUGGAGUUGUCGAGCCGCAUGAUUGGAUACUAACGACGCAUACCUCGGGGUAUUUAUAUAGAUCACUCGACCUCCUGACCGAGAUCCUGGAAAAUGCAGGAGGAACCAUAUUGAGCGCCGGCAAUCUGAUGAAACCGAGCGAAGUUGUGCGCGCACUGGCGCGAUACAACGUCAAUGUGUUGACUGGCGAUAGCAGCCAAGUCAUUCAAGUCAUUCAUCAUAUCUCGACUCUUUCAGCAGACGAACGAAAUGUGAUCAAGUUAAAUAAAGUGAUCUACACAUCCGAGCCACUUAUUGACAGUCAGAAAAGAUAUAUUCAUGCCAUUCUGGGUCCGGCAGUGAAGAUAUACUCCAUCCUGGGAAGCGCAGAGGCAGGGCCUUACGCAAUCCAUAACCCUGAUCUUACUGGAGAAGCAUCGUCAUAUCACGAUAUGUCUAUAGACUUUGUGUUUGAUACCCGCAGCAUCCUUGUUGAGAUCUUCCCUCGUUCCAUCAUGGAAAGUGAUACGCCCUCCUCUGAUUUGAAGCCUCUUCCAGAAGGCGAAGAGGGUGUCAUUGUGCAAACGUCUUUACAACGUCGACGUAACCCGCUUGUGCGCUAUAUCACUGGAGACCUCGGAUCCGUCCGUCCAGUGCCGAAUAUUGCAAGGUCAAUUGUCCCGGAAUCUGAGAUGGAAUACUACCGCGUCCUCCGACUCCGGGGUCGUGACCGUCGGUUUAGCUUUAAGUGGUAUGGUGAGUAUUUUGAAUUUUCGAAUAUCGAGAUGUUCAUGCAGAAGGAGACGUUUGGCAUUUUACAAUGGCAGGUUAUCGUAGGGACGCUUGAUUCUUCUCCCCAGACAACACUUGAGAUUAGGAUGCUUCGUGCCGCUGCAAGUGACGAUAUGAUCUCUCUUGAGCAGUAUGUUUAUGAAGUGGAGAGGUUUUUCUUUGUUUUACCGGAGAAUAGGCAUUUGUUUAAUUUGACCUUUGUUGAAGAUAUACGUGGGUUCGAGAAGAGCGGUACGGGGAAUAAAGUUAUGAAGUUUGUGGAUAGAAGACGCUAG